AUGGGCGGUCUCGAAAAUAAUAAGCGUAUGUUUAUCGCACUAUGUAUUGUUGGAUUAUUUGGAAUAAUCACAGUCGCCCUUACUGCUGCUACUCUUGGUACACUUAAUAAACGAUUCGAUUCAAUAGUUUCACCGCCGAUAUCAACAACAAACAAACCAAAGCUUAAUUCAAUUUUGGCUGAGACCAUUCGAAUCGAAGAUCUCAUGACUCACUUACGGCAAUUGCAACGCAUAGCCGAUGAAUAUAAUGGCACGCGAGCCAUUAACACACGAGGAUUCAACGAAACUGUGAACUACAUUGAAAAAUAUUUAAAGGAACAAGGCAAUGGCUUGAAAGUGAUGAGGGAAACAUUUCAAAUACGAAACUUUGCUAUUGCAACAGAUCCAAUCUUGCUGUCAUUGAUCAAUGGUACAGAAAAAAAUUAUACCUAUUCAUCAAAGCUCGCUAGAUCUGAUUUUACCUAUGUCACUUACUCCACUGCGGCUGACUUUCCCAAUUAUGUCCGUGUUAUCAAUAUUCCAAAUUUUGGUUGUGCAAAAAAUGAAUGGCAAAAUGCAACAGAUCUUGUUGCACUUGUCAAGGCAGGAGGUUCAUGUACAUACGCCGAGAAAGGAAUUCUUGCUGGGAAAAAUGGUGUCAGGGCAUUACUCUUCUACAAUGAUGAGGAAGCAAAUGCCAAUCUUGCUCCAAUAAGUGUACGUCUGCGUGAAACAAAUAAAUUACCAGCACUUUACUUAUCUUAUGCAGUUGGACAAGCUCUUGCUAAUGCUACUAUUUUUACUACAGUCAUGGUCAAACUUUCGAUUCAAUUACAAAACUUAGGAACUUUUCCAGUGGAUAAUAUUUGUGCUGAUACUAUACAUGGAAACAUAACUCAAACGAUCGUUGUAGGAAGUCAUAGUGAUAGCGUUCCAGCUGGACCGGGCAUUAAUGACAAUGGUAGUGGAACAGCAGCUAAUCUUGUUUUGGCAGCAAACCUGGCUCGUCUAUACCAAACAACGAACUAUACGAAAUACAAAUAUCGUGUUCGUUUCUGUUGGUGGGCUGCCGAAGAAAUUGGUUUGGCUGGAUCGAGUUAUCAUGUUCAACAGACUUACACUGCAACUACUCCAGGCGAACGUCGCACUGAUUAUUUGAUUAAUCUUAACUUUGAUAUGGCCGGUUCACCUAAUUUCAUUUUUGGAAUCUAUGAUGCAAAUACAGCAUCCAAUGCGACGCCACCACAGGCAAUUCCUGGUAGCAAAAAAGUUACAGAAUUAUAUCGUAAUUGGUUCAUUGGACAGAACUUGCCAUGGGACUAUAGAGCUUUUAACGGUCGCAGUGAUUAUGGCCCAUUUCUAGAAGCAUGUAUAGCGGCUGGUGGUGUUGCAACAGGAUCGGACGCUGCUAAAACGGCAGACCAACGUGAAAAGUAUCGUCAAUCUGUUGGAGAAAAUAAUGCUGGUUUCGCAGGAGCAAUUCUUGAUCCUUGUUAUCAUCAGCCAUGUGAUACUUUAGCAAAUAUCCAUCAGUUCGGUUAUGAAAAGCUGAUUCAAGCAGCUGCGUAUGGGCUUGAAUAUCUUGGCCAGCAACCAAACUUGCUGGAAUGGCUAUAUCCGAAUGGACAAGCAUGUGAACUGUGA